GGCCAGUCGCCUCUUUGCUCUGUCUGUGCGUUGGGUUGUUACGCACAGUGACGCUCAUAAAUCCCGACAGGCGGAUUGAGGAGCGUCCCGGAAUUAACGGAGGAGAGAGACAGAGAGAACCGAUAACGGAUACGCUGAAUUUAACUGAUUUCCCCGAUAAACAGCGCGGCUUACAGCCGGGCUGCAGUAGCUGAGAGCGGCGGACUGAGCGAGGACUGACCGGAGGAAGGGGGACUGGUCUCCCGCAAAGCCCGUCUUCACAGAUGUGGGGUCUCUCUAUCCAUGGCCUCCUCCAGGUGACCUGCAGUGACCCCAGUCACUCCUGACUGCAGCUUUAAACUCCUGAUCCAUCAAAAGACUUCUGCAGGAGCUGCUGAAUUAUUUAUCACCAGACAGUGGGCUCGGCUGCGGAGCCAGAAGGCGAUGGAGAGCUAGAGAGAAGGAAAGAUGGAGAGAAAGGGAAGUAUGGAGGUGUCCGACGCUGCAGGAAAGCUGUGAGUCAGCAGGGAGAGAGAGACACGGUGGGAGGGAAGACGGAGAGAGCUUACAGAUAGCUUUAGGUGAUACGACUGGAGAGAGUGGCGUCAAACGCCUCUCGGUGUGUUUGUGAACGUGCGUGUGCAUGCGCCUAUCGAUUGAGCAGAGAAGGUCAUGGAGCCGAGUGGAGAUUAGCAAACUAGACUCGGAGCACGGCAGCUGAGCUAACGCCUCCUCUGAAUAGCAGCUAGACUAAAGGAGAAAGAGAGAGAGAGAGAGAGAGAGAGAGAGAGGGGCCAGGCGAAGGACGAGAGGAGCUGCUACAGUAUGGGGGAGAGCUAUAUGUAUCAGCGACUCCCAUACACCAGAGGAGAGGAGGAGGGGGAGGAUGAGGACGAAGAGGAGAGAGACGGAAGGAGCAGAGAGAGUAUCGGCAGACAAAUGAUGCAGUGCGAGGAGGGGACAGACUGGCUGCUGGAGUUGCUGACAGAUGUGCAGCUGCAACAAUACUUCCUGCGGCUCCGCGACGAGCUCAACGUCACGCGACUCUCCCACUUCGACUACGUCAAGAAUGAAGACCUGGAGAAGAUCGGCAUGGGACGCCCGGGUCAGAGGAGGCUUUGGGAGGCCGUCAAAAGGAGAAGAGCCCUUUAUAAACGCAAGUCCUGGAUGAGCAAGGUGUUCCCGGUUAAACGACCCGACGGCGACCCCCAGCAGCCCCUCCCUCAGGGGGCGUCAUCCAGCGCGGGACCAGCCUAUAGCGAGUCGGGAGCCUCGCUCACCUGCCUGCUCAGAGAGUCGGAGCUGCAGCUGUUUGAGCGGCUGGGAGAUGGCACGUUCGGAGUGGUGCGCAGAGGAGAGUGGACCGGACCCAACGGCAGAAUGUUGUCAGUGGCAGUGAAGUGUCUGAAGGCCGGUGUGUUGGACUCCGACGGUCUGGACGAUUUCAUCAGAGAGGUGAACGCCAUGCACUCCCUGAGCCACGUAAACCUCAUCCGGCUGUACGGCAUCGUCCUCACGCAGCCCAUGAAGAUGGUGGUUGAGCUGGCCCCGCUGGGUUCCCUGUUGGAUCGUCUGAGAAAGCGUCAGGGUCACAUCCUCAUCUCCUCUCUGUGUAACUACGCUGUGCAGGUGGCGUGCGGCAUGGCCUACCUGGAGCAGAGACGUUUCCUCCACAGGGACCUGGCGGCCCGCAACGUCCUGCUGUCCACCAACGAAACGGUGAAGAUCGGAGACUUUGGCCUGAUGAGAGCACUGCCAACACACACCGACCAAUACAUCAUGGAGGAGGGCCACAAAAUCCCUUUCCCGUGGUGUGCUCCAGAGUCUCUGAAGUCUCGUACUUUCUCUCACGCGUCUGAUACCUGGAUGUUUGGGGUCACUCUGUGGGAGAUGUUCAGCCACGGACAGGAGCCGUGGCUGGGCCUUAAUGGGAGCCAGAUCCUCCACAAGGUGGACGUGGACGCCGAAAGGCUGUGCAAACCAGACGAUUGUCCCCAGGAUAUUUACAACGUCAUGCUGCAGUGCUGGAGCCCCAAACCUGAGGACAGACCCACCUUCAUCGCCCUCCGAGACUUCCUGCUCGAGACCAUGCCGACGGAUAUGAAAGCGCUGCAGGACUAUGAGGAAGAAGACAAACUCCAGAUUAAAAUGAACGAUGUCAUGACCAUCAUAGAGGGAAGGGCGGAGCACUACUGGUGGCGAGGUCAGAACAAGGGGACGCUGCGUGUCGGCCAGUUUCCACGCCACGUGGUGACAUCAGUCGCCGGUCUGUCCGCCCACGACAUCAGCCGGCCGCUCAAACACUCCUUCAUCCACACUGGACACGGAGACACAGACCCUGACAGGAGCUGGGGACACGCUGAUCGCAUAGACAGUCUGUAUUUGGGGAACCCCAUGGACCCUCCUGAUAUCCUUGGGAUGGACUCGGGCACCGCGAGGCCGACCAAACUCCCCAACCGUUCCAAAAAGCAACCUCCUCCUCGGCCGCCCCAACCUGCCGUUCUGCUGAAGAAGCCGUUCUACGACUGCGUGAUGGACGACUACGACGAAGACGACACCACCAGCGCGUCGGCGGGGCUGAAGAGGCUGGGAGUGUCCCUGGGGCUGAAGCUCCGACCGUGGGAGGGGUCCGGCGUGCGCCCGGCCAAAAGCGAGGUGUCGCUUAUCGACUUCACUGAUGACAGCUUCAGCUCGACCACGCCAUCUCCGCUCAAUGAGGCGUGGCAGCCGGACGAGGACACACUAAAGGACACUCCGUCCAUCCUGGACUGGCCUCUCCCUCAGCCAGCUUACGACGAGGUUGCUACGGAACUCGAGGACCAAUCAGAGGACCACGAGGUGCGGUCUAUCAACAGGGGAUUUACUGAGGAGACCGCCGCCUCGCCCAGCGCCGCCAUGGCGUGCAGGAGCGAGUCACAGUCCGCUGACAUCUUCCAAGAACUGCAGAGAGAGGUGGAGAAAGUGAUGGUGAAGCUGCAGGUUCCCAUGGCAACGGGCCGCUCCCUCCCCUCCUCCCCCCUCCCUAUGCCCCUGGCUCCGUUGGGCCCUCACCGACAGAUCUGCCUGCCUCCUCCCUCCCCCACCUCCAGCUCCUCCUUCGCCUGCUGCUUUGAGGACCGGCCGGUGUUGCCCCCCCGCAGCCCUGUCCCCCCGAUGCGCCCCUCCAAGCGCAACCCCCCCGGCCGCACCACCCACCGGCAGGCGCGCUCCAGCUCCAUCUCCCUGGACGACGAGGAAGACACGCCUCCUCAGAUCCCACCCAGAGACCACGCCUUCUCCCAGCCGGGCUCCCGCUCCUCCUCUCCCCUCCCACUGGUGCCGCCGCUAUCCUCCUACCCUGUGGCCCUGCCUCCUCCUCCCCUCUCCGUCUCCCCACGCCGGGCGUCCGGACUCCUGGGUCCCCUUCUGUCCUCCAACUCCUCCUUGGCUCAAGCCACAUCACAUUCCUCCCGGCUUGCAGCUCGCGCUUCCACCUACUCAUCCAGCUCCUUACUGGAUCCCCUCGCCUCUCGAGAGGGGCGUGGCCUAUCCUCACUGAUUGACAGCCCUCAGAGCUCUGCUCCCGCCCCGCUGCCGGAGCGACCAGCUUUUCUGGAAAGAUACGGAGCAGCCAAUAUGGCGGCAGUCAAACCCAUGAUUCAGCAUCCCGGCGGAGCCAAACCAAACUCUUCCUACAACAACAACAACGGGCGAAGUGCAGCUCCCAGCAUGCAACAGGAGCAGAGCGUCACACAGGUCCAAGGAGCAGUACACGGAGUCACGCUGGAGGAGUGUCAGGCAGCUCUGCAGAGUCACGACUGGAGCAUCCCUCAGGCCGUAAAUCAUUUGAAGGUGGAGCAGCUGUUUCGGCUGGGCCUGCGGUCGAGAGCUGAGUGUGAGGAGCUUCUGCAGCGCUGCCAGAUGAACCUGGAACAGGCCAGCACGCUCAUGCUGGACACAUACGGACCACAUCGAAACAAGAAGUGACAGCAUGAGGACAAACUUAGUGAGGAAGCUGGGAUGACUCACUGCUCCGAGCACUCGAGACACAGUGAUGCUUUUUAAUGAACGGAGGAACAUAAAGCAGUAUAUGUGCCUCACUUAAUGUACUGUGAAUUCCCGCUAUUACCUGUGUCAAACACACGCAUGCUCAUUAUUAUCUAACAGAGCAGCUUGUUGAAUGAGUCACAUUUACUUGAACAGUUGCUAUUUAUGUUUUUAUUAUUACCUGAAUAAUGAAAAGUUUCAGCUGGUAGCUACUGCAAACCUUUACUGCGUGUGUGUCUGCUGUGAAUGCGUGCAUGUUCGUUCAGCUGUUUGUUCACGCAUAAGCUUACGUUUAGGGCUGACCCGAAUGCUUUGAAGCUUCGAAGCUUCAGUCGUUGCCGUGGUAAUAAACAUCCAAAUCAGUUUUCGAAUGCUUCGGUUUGAUAUUUUUUAUUUAUUUUUAUAUAUGCAUUACCCCCAAAAUCCAGAAUAGCCCAUGAAAUAAGGAAACAUAAUCCUGCAUAAUUCAUUUGUGCAUCAACAUUAAUUAUAAUUUGUUAUUCUCAGCAGAGUGCUGUUUGUUAUGGUGUGUAGGUUGAGGUGUCCCAGGUACUGAAAUUGACAGACAGACGUAAAAACAUCACGUCGCGGCCUGCCUCACUUCAUCCUGGCGCCUGGCCUGAGCUAUCAUCUAACUACCAGCACCGAAACUAAAUAUUUGACCAACAUUUGCGAUGAUGACAACCAAAAAGUAAAGCGCCAGAUAUACCAGAGAAAACUGGCAUAUCACGAAUCUACAGCGAGUUUGGCAAAUACCUGAAAACUGUAAGUAACAGCUUAGCCUUGAUAAAGUAUGAUUGCCAGGCCUUUUAAAUCAUAUGUAUAUAUGUGUAUGUAGACAUACAGCAGUUAACUAAACUUAAGUUAAAGUUAGUGUUGUAGCCAAUUUUGCUGCGUGCGUGUAUAGCUAUGUGUGAGUGUGUGUGGUAGGUCUGUGUGAAUGGUUUGUUCGCUACGUCACUUGCGCACCUGUGUGUAUGUGUGCUAAUCAGAGGUUAGAAAGGGAAUCGCAGGUGAGGGGAAUGGAGGAAUUAGGAUCUGGGAAGCCACACAGUUUCUCAACCUCAGCUGUGUGCGAGUGAUGUUUUUAGAUCUCGUCUGCUCGUCUUUAAUCUUUCACAGUCAGUCUUUUUGUAGGUGUUUUUUAAAUGCAUUUAUAAAAUAAAGGAUUCACCUUAAGACAAUGGCGGACCUCAUUAUUUGCACCAGCAAGCCUUGGAAAUGGUUUUAAAUUCCCUCCAGUGGCAUUUUUUGUGGUCAGAUUGUGACUACAGUUAGCUAAACUAAGUCCUUGCUCACCCGCCGGCGAAAGUCUGUAGACUGAUUAGUGGUCCCCCAUUUCCAGUCCUCCAUCUAUCCGUCUACCCGUCUACACCCCCCCGUAUUCAAAUACUUACCACCGAAGCUCCAAAGCCCAAAAAGUAAUAUUCGGGACAGCCCUACUUACAUUUAAGUAAAUGCACAUGCCUUUCUGCUGUUAAUGAAGCGAUAUAAAAUCAGGGAAAUGUCAGCUAGCUAUAUAGUUGUAUGUUUUUAUGAAAAUGUACCGAUAAGAUGCUGUAUUGGUUGUAGCACUUUACUAAGUGUUUCAACACGCAAGUGGAUAUUUUUGAGGACACAAUAACUGCUGGUCAGAAUAAGUUUAAUCUAUUUAGUGAUGUGAAUAUGGACUGAUAGCAUAUCAGGUAUUAUUAACAUGUCAUUUGUGUUGUAAACAAAGCUUUUUAGGCUUUAUGAAGGCGUGAUUUUUAGGUGUUAUUGUAGGCAAAUAAGAUGCCAAAACAGAAAUGUGAAGAUAUCUACCAUCUCCUAAUGAACACAGGGUAGCCUACUGAGUUGAACGUCCACAUGUUAGAUAUUUAAUUAACUAAAAUUGAUGUUUAGUAUUUCUUCCUAUAAAAAUGACUGCUGCAUGAUAAUCACAAACACAUGCUGAAGUGCUGACCUGAGUAAGUAGGCAACUGCUAUGUGUGAGUGUGUGCAUGUGUGCUUAGUGCUGCGGGUUGUGAUGGCAGUCAACAUCACAGAAUGUGUGUGUCUGUGCAGAUAUUGAUCAUAAAUGUGAUCGCUUGAACGGAAGGAUUGGAUUUCUCAUUAUUGCAGCUACUUUGCAUGUAAGAGACAAGUUGCUCUCUUCUUCAAGAUACAAUUGAGACAAUACAAUUAGAUAAAUCGCUAACGCUAGUGUUUGUGUUUGCGUGUGUGUGUGUGUGUGUGUGUGUGUGUCAGACAUUGUUCCCUCUUAUGCCCUGCUGUAAGCUCUUGUAGUCACUCUGCUGUAUGUGACGCACACUGCAUUAUUCUGUAACAUUUAAGCAGCUUAUUAGUGAAAAGUGCAAAUAUGACCUCCAAGUUUUGUAUUAAAGUGAAAUGUGAGUUAUUCUCUUUUCAAA